AUGCCUCGUCCGCGGGUCAAGGACGAGGACCGGAAGCGUGUUGCGCGAGCCUGUGAUACUUGCAAGCGCCGUAAGGAAAAGUGCGACGGCAGUCAUCCGUGCUUGCUCUGUAGACGCCGUGGUCGGGAGCCCGAAUGCACCUUCACAGACGGCUACUCUGCCCGCCGUAAGCGGAGCUCUAUCAUCAGCGGUAGCGAUACCAACAGCAUCUCCAAUCCCGAUUUCAGGUCUCCUCCCAAUCUAGACGGCUCAAGUCUAACAGACCCGUCGCCCUACGGCAACGCAGACGAAAGUAACCCUACUACCAACGGCAACACUACUCCCUCCCAUCGAGUGACAUUACGAAACGCCCUCGAGUUGGAUCAAUCCGCCGCUGGGCCCACUACUGAUGCAGAGAUCGCUAUUGAGUCGUUGCUUACCCUGUCCGGUUCCCGCUCCGCCGCGAAAACGCCCUCCUUGGAAGCUCCCGACAUGAUGUUCGCUCCCCAGGGACCUACCACAAUAGCCAACCCCGGUCCUCACUCUUCCGGUCAACAAGAUCCAGCAUCCCAUGCCCCUGUCCCAAAACUUGCUCGGCUGCUCAAGGAUGGCCACGGCAAGUUCAUCUUCGUGGGUGACUCUUCAAACCUCGCCUUCGUGCAGAAUAUCCGCCGGCUUGUCAAAAGCGAAAUUGGCGAGAGCGGUCUUACCAAAGACCCUUUACGGCAUGCUAUGGUAGAAGUCAACCCUGAUGCACUACUGCCCAAGGGCCGCAAGGUUAAGCGACCUUCGGCGCAAGAAGCUCGUGAUCUAGUGCGGCAUUAUUUGCUAUGCAGCAGCGGCUUCAUUGACCUCUUUGAGCAAGGCGAGAUCCUUGAGGCUGUUUCGCGUUGGGCAUCGGCACCCGAAAAAGACGAGGAUGGCGUUGAGGCAAGCGUCUACUACCUCGUGCUCGCUGUUGGCGCCCAGGUGAAAUACGGCGCCGAUGGACGGCCGAGCCAAGCAGAAAUAUUCUUGCAGAGGGGCAGGGAGCUGGUGGCAGCGAGCUUCAUGGACGACCCCAGUGUGAUGACUAUCCAGAGCUAUGCGCUGAUCACUUUUUAUAUGUUGACCGCAUGUCGGCGCAAUGGCGCGUUUAUGCUUCUGGGCAUUGCCGUCAGAGCUGCUUAUGCGCUAGGUCUGCACAGGGGGGACAUCUCACGCCUGUUCGAACGGAAGGAGCGACAGACGCGGGAGAGGGUGUGGAAGAGCCUACGAAUGCUGGACUUGUACAUGAGCGCCAGCUUGGGCCGGCCUCCGGCGACGAGUGAGGUCGAUGGCGGGAGUGUCAGCUGGGACGCGAAAAGUCGAGACUACGAGACCAUUCAGAUGGGCGGCCUCAACAGCUCAGCGAUGCUGCGAAUCUGCUUCAUUUUCGAGAGAAUCAUGAACGAGGUCUACUGCCGAAGAGAGGUUAGCGUGCAGCUUGUGGAGAGUAUCUCGAGGCAGUACAGAGAUUGGACGCUGCAGCUGCCGGCUGGCCUGCAUACAGAUGGCCUGGACCAGAAGCCCGGCUCAGGCAGCCCCACGCUUCAGCAAACGAUCGGUGUGGCGCAUCUCAAGGGAGCAUACUACUGGAGUAUCAUCCUACUGACGAGGCCUUUCCUCAUAUUCAAGGUCAGUGGGAAAUUGAAGCGAAGGAGGAAAAUGCAACAGCAACAAGCAGCAAACGGUCCAAGCGGUAGCGAAGUCACUAGCACUUUGAGCGAAGCUUGCAUUGAUGCCGCCCUGAGAAGUGUGGAAAUUGCUACGGACCUGGUACAUACGCCUGGUGUGCCCAAGAGGUUGUUCGUGGUAACGAACUCGGCAUUCGUGAGUGCCAUGGUAAUUGGCUUUGCCAUAUUUGGCGACUUUGACAAAAGUUUUCCCCUUUUGAGCAGUAUCGAUCAGGCACUGCGUAUUCUGACGGUCAUGGCGACCGAUGAUCCAUCCGCAAGAAGAUACGAACAGAUCACGGGUCACCUCCGCGAUGCUGCUAUGGAGCACAUACGCCGGCGGGAGCAAAGGGAGAUGCACCGAAGGCGGAAAGACAUCCAUAACAUAUUCGGUGAUCCAAUCAAGGAGACAGAAGCGCCAAGACCGAUCGAGCAGAGCAAUGACAUGCUCCCUCAAGACUUUGAUGCGUCCAUGGCCAAUUUCAGUGACAGCAUCCAGCAGCAGGAACCGUGGGCCCUCAGAUUUGACAUGCCUGCUGAAAGUCGCGGGCCGGUACUGACGACCUCGGGUGCUCUUGCGGACGAGAACGAUCCCCAGACGUUCAACUUCCCGACCUACGGAUUCGAGCAGACCCCCAAUGUGGAUCAGUUCUCUCCUGCCGGUUCCGGGGUACCCAGUCUGCCAUCGUAUGCAGAGGAGUUCCCGCUCUUCUCUUUGAUGACCGAUUACGACCAGCUUCAGGAUCCGUACCAGAUGGGAGGCGUGGCGUGA